AUGUGCGGUAUUCUCGGCUUGAUAUUGGGCGCAGUUGACGACCCUUCCUCCACCGCAGCGGCAUCGGACCUACACGACGCUCUUUACUAUUUACAACACAGAGGACAAGAUGCGUGCGGAAUCGCUACCUGCGCCGCGGGUGGCCGGAUCUAUCAAUGCAAGGGUAACGGCAUGGCUGCAAGAGUAUUCCAGGAUGGAUCUCGUGUUCAGGAUCUUCCCGGGUUCAUGGGUUUAGGUCACUUGAGAUACCCUACAGCUGGAAGCAGUGCUAGUGCCGAAGCUCAACCUUUCUACGUCAACAGUCCAUACGGAAUUACCUUUGCGCACAACGGAAACUUGAUCAACGCCCCAGAACUCAAGGAAUAUCUCGACUUCGAAGCGCAUAGACAUAUCAAUACAGAUAGCGACAGUGAGCUUAUGCUCAACAUCUUCGCCAAUGAGCUCAACGAAACUGGAAAGGCUCGUGUCAAUGAAGAAGAUAUCUUCAAGAGCUUGGAAAGAAUGUAUGGCAGAUGUGUUGGAGGUUGGGCUUGCACGGCAAUGCUAGCUGGUUUUGGCAUUCUCGGUUUCCGUGAUCCACACGGUAUCCGUCCACUCAUCAUGGGCUCUCGACCAUCCUCGACAUCGGCUUGUGCUAUGGAUUAUAUGAUGGCUUCUGAAUCCGUCGCUUUGCGCCAACUCGGAUUCUCGAACCUCGUUGACAUUCUUCCUGGACAAGCCGUCAUCAUUAAAAAGAGUUCAGCACCGAUUUUCAGACAAAUUGUUCCACAAAAGAAUUACGCCCCAGAUAUUUUCGAAUAUGUUUACUUCGCGAGACCUGAUUCGAUUAUCGAUGGCAUCAGUGUUCACCGAAGUCGACAGGCUAUGGGAUUCAAGCUCGCUGAUACUAUCAGCAGGGUUCUUGGUCCAGAGGCAGUCAAAGAAAUCGAUGUCGUCAUUCCUAUCCCGGAAACUUCUAAUACAUCAGCUCAGAGUGUUUCGGAACGUUUAAACAUCCCUUACUGCCAGGCUUUCGUCAAGAAUCGUUAUGUCUUCCGAACUUUCAUUAUGCCAGGACAAAGUGCCCGUCAGAAGUCUGUUCGUCGCAAACUUAGUGCAAUGGAGUCUGAAUUUGCCGGACGCACAGUUCUUUUGGUUGAUGACAGUAUCGUUCGUGGUACGACCAGUAGAGAGAUUGUAUUGAUGGCACGUGAAGCAGGCGCAAAGAAAGUCAUUUUCGCUUCCUCUGCUCCACCAAUCACCCACGCUCAUAUCUACGGUAUCGAUCUUGCUUCACCUCAAGAACUUGUCGCACAUAACCGUGAUAGACAUGCGAUUGCUAAACACAUCGGUGCAGAAGAAGUCAUCUUCCAAUCGUUGGAGGAUUUGAAGGCAUCGUGUGCGGAGCUUUCUCCUCGCGAUCCGAAAACCCAAGAGUUUGAAGUCGGUGUUUUCUGUGGUACUUAUGUAACACCGGUUCAGGAUGGCUAUUUUGAGCAUCUGGAAAAAAUGCGAGGCGAAACCCGAAAGAUGAAGGUUUUGGAGAGUGCAAAGGAAGCUAUCCUUCAUGGCGUAGCAGGAGAGAAUGAAUUCAAUCUCAUUACUCAGGGAGCAGUAGUGGACUCGAGUGGUCAGGUAGUCCCCGAUGACCACCAAGGCAAGGUCGUCAAUGGGACUGAGAAUGGCAAUGCGAGACCCAAACUAGAGACAGCUGAGUCUGGUACGGCUCCUGUAAGGGAUCGCCAAGAUAUUAGUCUACAUAAUUUCGCGAGUGACGCCAACAGAGGUUAUGAUUAA